UAAAUACAUCAUCCGCAGCCCCUCAUCUUCGUCUCUUUUCUGUCGCCGAUUCCAUGCUUCCUCCUCGGAGACGCUUCCCCACAUGGACAUGUACUUCCGAAAGUCUGCAACCUUUCAAUCCAUACUGAGAUGGAACCGCGGAGGAGCAGACGACGGGUUCCUGAGGAACUGCGCAAACGGACUGAGUUAAGUUGCGAUCUAUGCCGGAAGCGACGAUGUAAAUGCGUUCGCCGGAAGGCUGAUGAAAGCUGCCGAACCUGCCAGCAGAACAAUGUUGAAUGCGUGUCGACCUUUCGUCGGAAGACGAGGUUGUAUGGGAGUCUGGAAACCGUCAGAGACAGGUAUCGUUGCUUGGAGGCGAUCGUCAAUAGUGCAUUUCCCGAUGAGCCUACCCGGACGGUGGAGGAUCUGCUCUCGUUGGGGCAGAGACAUGGCUUUGCUAUGCCUCAGACAGGUGAUGUGGCAUCAUCUGAAGAUUGUCUCUUAACACCAGGCGCGGACCGUGGUGUGUCGCAGGAAAGGUCUUUGUCUGACGAGGACCAAGAUGGAAACUCAUCGACCGGUGCCGGGACUAUCCAUCAAGAUUUCCAGCCUCAACCAUGGCACGAUCGGCGGAUCAGUCAGAUUCAAGAGUCUCCACGCCUGGUACGUGACUCAGUUGGACGUCGACAUUAUAUUGGGCCAUCAGGGACUCUUGCUUUUUUCGGAGAACUACGCGACCUGGUAUCGACACGACAGCCAUUGUCUCGAUUUGCAGCCGACAAUGUAGCGGAAGCACUUGAGGCGAGAACGAAUAGGCAAAAUAGUCCUCGUGCAAGCAUUGACGGAAGAUCAAACUCCCCUGGAUCCCCGGCAGGGUUUAAUCCAACGACAUCGUCUCCUUUGCAGAAUCUUCUUCAGUCCGCAUGGCGUUUUAGGGAACUGCCACCAGUGAUCCUGGAGAAUCUGCAGCGUCUCUACUUCGAGCGCGUCCAUUCAACCUUCCCUUUGUUUGACCGUCCAACGUUCCAGGACGAGUUGGAACGCUUCUUUGCAUCACAACUGGAGAAUAGCUCUUCUCAAGUUCUGCACCAGUCCGCGGAAAGUACUGAACAUGACGAGGGAUGGCUAGUCUGCCUUCAUAUGAUGCUGGCCUUCGGAUGUGUCCUAUCUAUGAAGCUGAGAAAAGCAGCUGUCCCGGAUAAUGAUCACUUCGACUACGAAAACUUACGUGUGCACUGCUGGGUUCUAGCGCAGACGGCUAUUUCGUGCCUAUCGACGACGUGCACUCAUUCUAAUGUUCAGGCUUUGCUAUUGCUCGCACUCUAUUAUCACAGCAUUAACGAGCGCAACGCUUCGUGGACACUCGUUGGCUGUGCUGCUCGUAUGGCUAUCGCCAUUGGAAUGCAUCGGAAUGAUAUCAAUAAUUCGUUCCGCCCCAUCGAACGCGAGACUAGGAAACGUAUCUGGUGCAGCUUAUACAGCUUCGAGCAAUUCCUUUGCAUGUCCUUGGGGCGUCCAAGUGCAAUCGACGAACAGGAGGUUAACACCAGCCUUCCGUCUGACGAUAUGAUAGGCUCAGGAUAUAAUCCUCCAGGCUACACAGAAUGUAGCUUCCAGUUACAGGUCCUGUCAAGUCGUUUACGGUGGAUGAUGAGCGUCCAGUAUCAAUCAACAAAUUGGAGAAACGGCUCAUCAUGGGCCAAGGCGUCAAAUCCACCCCCCGGGGAAUUCCUCGAUGAGUUACAAGCAUGGGAGGACGGACUGCCAGCAUACCUGAGACUUCCGAAAUUCAAAACGUCUGCGGAGGCUGCCGUGCCAUCUCAAUCACAGUUACGCGAGUUCUGCUCCCGCUAUCCUUCGAAUCACCUCCGUGGGAUGGUUCUACUGCACAUACAGUAUCAUAACCUGAUAAUACAACUUUCCCGGCCGUGCCUUUUAACUCUAAUCUCCUCAAAUUCGAGAGACCCGGCAACAGUGCCAUAUCUUUGGGAGGAUGUAUCUUCUAAUGCGAAGUCUCCCGUUGACAAGAUUGCAUUUCUAGCCCGAACAUGCGUUUCUUCGGCAUCCCGCAUCGCAGAUCUCAUCCUCCUUCUAAACAGUGCAGAGACUUUGGAUGGCCUUACAGGGCUCGAUGUGUUUUACGCUUAUUCGGCUGCAAUGGUCCUGAUUUUACGAAUACUUUGGGUUCCAGACCCAUCCUCUCCAAAGGACGUUCUAGAGGCGGAAAAGAAGUCGAAGACUUAUAUAGGUUCUCUAGUGACAGAACUACAGAAUGUGCUCAAAUUGCUACCGAAAUGUUCUACGAUGCAGCGGUUCGCAUCUGUAGCCGAGAACUUCGCAGAUGUCGUCCAGUCAUCCAAUACGGGUACAAGAACUUCAAGGACAGACAAUGAAGGAAAUGCCCCAAGCCGAUCAAGAACGGUUCGAGAUGCAGCGAGAGAAAAGGAUAUGGCAACCAGAAAAUACUCUCCAAAUGAAGGAGGUAUAGGAAUGACACCUCAUUCCAUGUCUGGAAAAGGGAUGAGUGCUGGCGAGGGAAGAUACUAUGAUACUUUGCCUCCUUCUUCCAUCGAAGGCCCAGGUCAUGAUCGCCCCGCUCGCUCGGCCUUGGAUACACUCGCAGAGGCUUCUAACGCCAUGGAUGCCAUCAUGACCCUACCUAGCUAUCCAGCUAGCCCACCUAGGGGAAUCUCCGGAGAUACCAUGGAUACGUCUAGAGAGGCUGCUUACGAGGGAUCCGGUAGGGGUCUAGGAUCGCCAUCGUCCAAGGAAGAUAGAAUAUGUGUUGACGAGAAUGGCCGGCAAUCAUCACAAAUUUCACAUGCAAUCCGUACCACCCAACACGCGCGGGAUCAUGGAAACAGCAAUAUCUUUACCCGUCCACCUAGCUCGUUUAGCGACGGUCUUGCAGCUUGCCAUGAUGCUUCGCUUGUGUACAACGACCUGUCAAAUCCAUAUCAUCAAGAAAUCAUAAAUGCGGACCCUUCAUUCACAGAAGAGGGGGUUUCACCACAGCUUUUGCUAUGGCAAGAUUCUCUCCAACAGCUCACAAUGGGGUGGAAUGAUUUUGAGCGGUUUAUGGGGGUCUAAAUUGCCCUCGAUCUGUAGACGUGGUACAUACAUAAUUUAUCGUCUAACGUAUGUCCUAAUACUCUUUAAACACGUGCCAUAUACAGUUCUACCCGACUUUCUC